AUGAUUCUGAUCCAUAUCAUCACUUUGGUGUUUCUGUUGGAUGUGUGUGUGUGUGACUCAGAGCUCGGCCCCCCUGGGUGGAGGGAACCUCUGGACUGCGUCCGAGCCUCUGAACUGUGCAACCAGAACAGCCAGUGCAGCUCACGUUACCGGAUCAUGCGCCAGUGCCUGUCUGGUGGGGACAAGGAGCGCAGCGCCAUGCUGGCCUCCAAGGAGUGCCAGGGGGCGCUGGAGGUGCUGCAGGACUCUCCGCUGUACGACUGCCGCUGCAAGAGAGGCAUGAAGAAGGAGCUGCAGUGUCUGCAGAACUACUGGAGCAUCCACAUGGGUCUGACUGAGGGGGAAGAGUUUUACGAGACGUCUCCCUACGAGCCGAUCCAUUUCUCAGAGGAAUUCAGACACGCUUCCAUCAUCUCAGAUUCUUCUUUGUCGAAGAUGAGCCCCUGCUCUGAAGCAGGGAAACCCUGUAACCCCUGUCUGGACGCGGCGAAGGCGUGCAACCUCAAUGAGACGUGUAAACGUCUGCGCUCUGCCUACAACUCUAUCUGCAGCAAGGCCACGCCCCCUCAGCCCGCUCUGGCCAAUCAGGAGCCGUGUAGCCGGAAGAGGUGUCAGAAGGCUCUGCGUCAGUUUUUCGAGCGGGUAUCAUGGGAGCUGAGUUACCCUCUGCUGUUCUGCUCCUGCCCGGACCAGGCGUGUGCCGAGCGCCGCCGCCGCACCAUCGUGCCCUCCUGCUCCCACCAAGAGAGGCACAAACCCAACUGCCUGGAGCUCCGACGCACCUGCCGCUCCGACGCUCUCUGCAGGUCUCGUCUCGCUGAUUUCCACAUGAACUGUCAGGUGACGUCUCACACCGUCACCGGCUGCCCUCAUGACAACUACCACGGCUGCCUCAUGUCCUACGUCGGCCUCAUCGGUUCGGAUGUAACGCCGAACUACAGCGACAGCAGUCCCUCCAAUAUCACCCUCAGCCUGUGGUGUACCUGCAGGGGCACUGGCAAUCAGGAAAGAGAGUGUGACGCUUUCCACCGGGACUUCACACACAACACCUGCCUCAAAAACGCCAUCCAGUCGUUCGGUUACGGCUCAGAAGAAGGAACUCUCCUCGUAACCGAGCCGUCGUCCACCUUCUUACCUCCCGCCCAGCCGCCGAUCAUCUCCAAGCCCGCUCCCUCUCUGCACGGCAACGCCAUCAAACCCAUGGACAGCGCCUGUAUGUUUUCCACUUGCGCCAACCUGCAGGAUGGAGGUCAGAAGUGCAUCCCGUCCGAUGAGUUUGAGUGUGAGGAGGCUCUGUUGGCUCAGGGGUCAAUAGACUCUCAGGACUCUGCAGGACCCAAGAGCAGCAGCCGGCAAUCAGCUCCGCUCCUCCUCCUCGACAUCUCUGUGACUGUGUGUGUGUCCGCUCUGGCAGCGUUUCUACUCUACGUCUCAUAAAUGUGAACACAUAUACAUACAUAUACACACCCACACACACACACACACACACACACACAUUCACACCCACACACACCCACACACAUACAGACACACACUCGUAAAUGGCAAGACCCAGACGAAGUCAUGUGACACGGGGAAAAUGUCAACCGACAGACAUCCACCAAACAACCAACAACAACAACAACAACAACGGCCUUGUGAGGAGGGAAAAGUCUUCUGGAGGACGUUCAGAUUAGCCAUCUCUCUCCACCGUCCACACUCAGACAGCGAAGGAGGAUGAACGGAAGAAGAAAAUGUGUAUUUAGUGAGAGCGAGAGAUAAGAAACACAGAGACGCUCCGUGUCUGCAGGGUUUGUGUGCUUUAUUGUGUGUGCAGCUCAGCUCGGACUCACCCCCUCCAGCUUUUUUUUCUUUUGGAUCUGAGACAGCUGGGCUGAAAACCACACGGACUUUGGCUCGAGCACAAAACCACACACACACACACACACACACAUAUACACACACAUCAAAAAAACACACACUCAGACAACAAGUCUUAAAAUCGUGAGAGAGAGACGACGACAGAUGGGACAGAUCCUUCCACGGUGUUUGUCAGCUCAAUUUAUCACUCCCCUGGACCUCUCUCAUGGCAAGAAAUCUAUACGACAUACAUACAAACACAGAUAUACACAUAUAAACACCCACUGUCGCCCUCCCCCUAGACCUCGUUAGCGGGCAAGCAGGGUCCCCACACGGACACUAACACUCAUGCUGUACACCAGUGUGCUUUUUUGCGGGUCUUUAUCUUAAUUUCCUUGUCGACAUUCUGUAAAAACUUCAUUUAAUGUGGAAUAAUGAAAAAAAAGUCCAUCCGAUGGAGUCUCAGUGGAAGAGUGUAUAUUUCACAUACUUUAAGUGUAUAGUUGUGUGGACGCAAGUGUGUGUGUGUGUCUUUCUUUGUGUGAGUGUGUUUGUUGGGGAGUGUGUGUGUUUUUGCAUGGGUGUCUGUGGCUGAAUGUGUGUGUAAGCAAAGAAAGGCUGUAAAGUCUUACAAGCCAGUGAAUAUCAAAGUGUGAAAUCGUAUCACUGCUGAAUACUUAAUGUUGGAAUUUAAAUAUAUUGAACUGAUAGAAAUAUUUUACUUUAAAAAAAACAUCUAACUAUAUUUAUGUGGUUGCUCUUCGAAAAGUCCAGUAGGUCAUUUCAAAUUUGAAAUCUAAACUUUCAUUACAUUGACAUAUCUUCAGUUUUUAAGUUGAUAUGUUGAACUUGUUAGCAAACAGUUGCUUAUUUCCACAUCCAGCA